UGACAGCCUCCCAUCUUUCUCCCAGCCAGAACCAGAGCUUCAGCAGCAGCUGAUGAUGAAGAAGAGAGGGAAGGGGGAGACUGGGGGGACCUUUUAUUUAUAUUGUUAAAGGGACAGAGCACUAAUUCCACCUUGAAUUGGUUUGCGGGGAGGGUUUGGCCUGAGGAGAUUGAGUUUCUCCCCCACCCUCAGUCUAGCUAGAGGAUCCCAGAGAGACACAGUGAGAGAAGGAGAGUUUCUUCCCCCGCUUUGGCCGUCAGAGAAGAGAGAAAAGAGACCAAAAGCCUCUUAGCAACACAGCCCCGUCUCCUUCUCCACUACUAUUGCUGCUGCUGCUACUGCUGCUUUUUGGCCCUGGCUGGAGACACCUCACCACACACACAGGAGGAGCAGACGCCAGUUCACCAGCUUCCCCCCCCCAUCCCCCUACUCUCCCCUCCUCCCCCUUUAUUACCCUUUGUGUGUGUCUCUCUCUCCACUGCUCCAGGAAAGGAAAUAAAAGUGGGGUGCAGCCAAGGUUUUCAUACUGAAGCAGUAUCAUCAUGAGAGAAUCACAAGAACUGUCCAGGAGUACCUUGGACAAUGAAUGGAAGAGGACGAGAAAACAAAAAGACCGUGGCAUAUAAAACGGAUUUACUACCUGGAGGUCUUGGCUGUGACACAUCUGUAAAAAUGGGACUUAUUUUCUCAAAAUACAAAUUAACUUAGCUGGUCAUCAAGCUUGGAGUCAUGCUAUUGAACUAGAAAUAAACGUUCUUCUCUCUUCCUGGCCAGUAACAGAGCAUUGAUGGAUUAUGAUUUUCCCAAGCUGGAAACAUUUGUUCUUACUCAUUUAGGCUUUCCUUAUGACUACAUAAGGAAUAAAACAUUUCAUACUUAAUACUGAUCAGAAUGGGCAACUGACUUGUCAGCAACAAAAAUGGCAGUAUUUAUGGGCUGAGCCAGAGCUUCUCAAUGUACUUUGUACACACUGGGAAUUGCUGUACUGUAUGGCCGCCUUCUGAAGGCCAUGAUGAUAUAUAAAAUAAGGAUAUCAUCUUAUUGUUGAUAUCUUUGAGGAGUCAUAAGCAGAAUCAGAAAAAUGAAUGGAAGCAAAGAGUGUGACGGUGGGGACAAGGAUGGAGGACUGCCGGCAGUACAAGUCCCAGUUGGUUGGCAACGGAGGGUGGAUCAAAAUGGAGUUCUGUAUAUUAGUCCUAGUGGGUCUUUAUUGUCCUGUUUGGAGCAGGUUAAAACAUACCUGCUGACUGAUGGAACAUGCAAGUGUGGUUUAGAAUGUCCUCUCAUCCUUCCCAAGGUAUUUAAUUUUGAUCCUGGAGUUGCUGUGACUCAAAGAACAGCUGAAGAUGUUAAAGCAGAUGAAGAUGUCACUAAGCUAUGCAUUCAUAAACGGAAAAUUAUUGCUGUGGCUACACUUCAUAAAAGCAUGGAAGUGCCGCAUCCUUCACUGGUUCUGACUAGUCCUGGUGGUGGAACAAGUGCAACUCAAAUAGUACCUUCACGAGCAGCAACUCCAAGAUCAAUGAGGAAUAAAUCACAUGAAGGAAUUUCCAAUUCUGUGAUGCCAGAAUGUAAAACUCCUUUCAAGUUAAUGAUGGGGGCCUCAAAUGCCAUGGGUAGGCUGUAUGUGCAAGAGAUGACUGCAAGCCAGCAACAAGAACUUCAUUCUGUCUAUCCCAGGCAGAGAUUGGGUAGUAAUGAACAUGGACAGAAGUCUCCAUACCGUGGCAGCCAUGGAGGAAUGCCCAGUCCAGCUUCAUCAGGAUCGCAAAUAUAUGGAGAUGGCUCAAUUUCUCCUAGGACAGACCCACUUGGAAGUCCAGAUAUUUUCACAAGGAAUAAUGCCAGUUUUCAUGGAGCACCCAACUCUAGUCCUGUUCACAUGAACAGAACCCCUCUAUCCCCACCUUCAGUGAUGCUACAUGGUUCUCCUGUGCAGUCAUCGUGUGCAAUGGCUGGAAGGACUAAUAUACCUCUUUCCCCAACCUUGACCACAAAAAGUCCAGUAAUGAAAAAACCCAUGUGUAAUUUUUCAACUAGUAUGGAAAUGCCACGAGCAAUGUUUCACCACAAACCACCUCAAGGUCCUCCUCCUCCACCACCUUCUUGUGCUCUUCAGAAAAAGCCAUUAACAUCAGAGAAAGAUCCACUUGGCAUUCUUGACCCCAUUCCUAGCAAACCGGUGAAUCAGAAUCCAGUUAUCAUUAAUCCAAGUACUUAUCAUUCAAAUGUCCACUCUCAGGUACCUGUGAUGAAUGUAAGCAUGCCUCCAGCUGUUGUCCCUUUACCAAGUAAUCUCCCUUUGCCGACUGUAAAACCUGGUCACACAAAUCAUGGGAGUCAUGUGCAAAGAGUUCAGCACUCUACUUCAACCUCUCUCUCACCCUCACCAGUAACAUCACCAGUUCAUAUGAUGGGAACUGGAAUUGGAAGGAUUGAGGCUUCGCCCCAAAGAUCACGCUCAUCUUCCACGUCAUCUGAUCAUGGAAAUUUCAUGAUGCCUCCUGUAGGACCACAGUCAUCUUGUAGUAAUAUUAAAGUUCCCCCUCGAUCACCAAGGUCAACAAUAGGGUCUCCUAGACCAUCCAUGCCAUCAAGUCCUUCUACAAAGACUGAUGGACUCCAUCAAUAUAAGGACAUCCCUAAUCCAUUGAUUGCUGGAAUGAGUAAUGUAUUAAAUCCUCCAAGCAAUGCAGUUUUUUCAUCUGCAUCUGCUGGAAGUGGGCCCAUGAAAAGUCAGCCUGGCUUGCUGGGAAUGCCUUUAAAUCAGAUCUUGAACCAGCACAAUGCUGCCUCUUUUCCAGCCAGUAGUUUACUCUCAGCAGCAGCCAAAGCACAGCUAGCAAAUCAAAAUAAACUUGCUGGUAACAAUAGCAACAGCAGUAGCAACUCUGGAACUGUUGCCAGUGGUGGCAGCAAUGAUGGACAUAGCAGCACUUUAAACACCAUGUUUCCUCCUACUGCCAAUAUGCUUCUACCCUCAAGUGAAGGGCAAAGUGGUCGAGCAGCACUACGAGAUAAACUGAUGUCUCAACAAAAAGACCCUUUGAGGAAAAGAAAACCUCCAACCACUACAGUGUUGAGUUUGCUUAGGCAGUCUCAGAUGGAUGGUUCUGGGGUUCCUAAACCUGGACCAGAUUUGAUAAGAAAACAGAACCAAGGUUCGUUUCCCAUUACAUCUAUGUCCCAGUUACUUCAAUCCAUGAGCUGUCAAAGUUCUCAUAUGAGCAGCAAUAGUACUACUGGUUGUGGGAGCUCAAAUACUGUUUUGCCUUGCUCUGCUAACCAGCUGCAUUUUGCAGACACUAAUAUGAACUCCGGCACUCUUCAGAAUUCACUGGCACAGGAAUUACCUUUAAGAGGGGAAAGUAUGCACUGCCAGUCCAACACUAACUUUGGCCAUGGCACUAGCCCUGGCCCAAACAACCAUCUUGCAGGCUUAAUAAAUCAGAUGCAAGCUAGUGGAAAUUGUGGAGUGCUCAGUCAGUCUGGAUUGGCUUUAGGAAACUCAUUACAUCUGAACCCAAAUCAGCCACGAAUCCAAGCACCCUCCACUCCAGUGAUACCAAACAGCAUUGUGAGCAGUUGCAAUCAAACAAGUCCUGAAACAGGAAGAGCAGGACCACCAUCAUCCACUGCUGUAGCUGGCACCAGUCAACCUGCCAUCACCAAGACAAUAUCCGUUCUUCAAGAUGGUGUCAUAGUCACAACUGCAGCUGGAAAUCCACUACAUAGCCAGCUCCCCCUUGGGAAUGACUUCCCUUUCGUUGGCCAUGAACACGCUCUGCAUUUUCCACAGAACAGCGCUUCAAACAACAAUCUUCCACACUCUUUGAAUCCAAACCUCUUUAGUUCGCUACCUAUCUCUUUGCCAGUGAAUCAGCAGCACCUCCUAAACCAGAAUCUAUUAAAUAUACUGCAGCCUUCAGCAGGAGAAGGCAAGUCUGAGGUCAACCUCAAUCCUUUAGGUUUUCUCAACCCAAAUGUAAAUGCUGCUUUAGCUUUGCUCUCCGGUGAUGUGGAUGGACAGGUGCUGCAACCUGUUCAUUUUCAGCUGCUAGCAGCUCUUCUUCAGAACCAAGCCCAAACAGCUGCCAUGUUCCCCUUAGCACCUUUCAAUCUGUCCAUCUCAGAUCUGUUACAACAACAACCAAACAAUCCUGUGUCCUCAGUAACACAGAUGCCAGCCCCACCAUCAGAUCACUUGCUUAGCAGUCAGUCAGACACCAACAGAGCUGAGACCCUGUUAACCAACCCCCUGGGAAACCCUUUCCCAAGCUUUUCAGGCACAGACACUGUUUCAAACCCCCUGCUCCUCCCAGCUGUCACUGGGGCCUCAGGAUUAAUGACCUUGAAUCCCCAGCUGUUGGGAGGUGUUCUGAACUCUACAUCGGGCAACACUGCUAAUCAUCCAGAGGUUUCCAUAGCAACCUCCUCCCAGGCUACCACUACCACAGCCACUACAUCAUCAGCAGUGGCAGCACUGUCUGUCUCAACACUUGGUGGGACAGCAGUGGUGUCAAUGGCAGAAACAUUGCUGAGCAUAUCUAAUAAUGCUGGGAGUACAUCUGGUCCAGCUAAACUCAACAAUAACUCUGUGGUGCCACAGCUACUUAACCCUCUACUGGGGACAGGUCUACUUGGUGACAUGUCCUCAAUAAACACUACUCUUAAUAACCAUCAGCUAACGCAUCUGCAGUCACUGUUCAACAACAAUCAAAUGUUUCCAUCCAAUCAACAACAGCAACUUCUACAAGGCUAUCAGAAUCUCCAAGGUUUUCAAGGACAACCUCCUAUUCCUGGGCCACCUAACAAUCCAAACCCAAUGGCUUGUCUUUUCCAGAAUUUUCAGGUAAGAAUGCAAGAAGAGGCUGCUUUUCUGAACAAGAGAAUGAUCACUCAAAUGGGGAUGCCACCAAUUCCUGAAAGUUCCAACACCCCACUUCCUCCUUUUCAAGAUGCGGCAUGCAACCUACAACACAGAACAGAACCAUCCAUAGGGCAGCAGGCAAAGGACAACCUCAGCCUAGCUCCCCAGGGUGAUGGUUCAGUCGAUGCCAUCUACAAAGCAGUGGUGGAUGCUGCAAGCAAGGGGAUGCAAGUAGUAAUCACUACCGCCGUUAACAGUACAACGCAAAUGAGCCCCAUUCCAGCUCUGAGUGCCAUGAGUGCCUUCACAGCCUCAAUUGGUGACCCAUUAAAUCUUUCCAGUGCUGUCAGCGCAGUAAUCCAUGGAAGAAACAUUGGCAUUUCUGAUCAUGAAGGUAGGCCAAGGAACACUAGAGGCGCACGAAUACUGAAGAAUUCAGAACACCUUAAAAAUGCCAGUGAGGGGGAUGGCUUGGAAUACUAUAAACCAACAGAUUGCAACACACCCAAAAAACAGUGGGAAGGGGAGCAAAGCCCUGGCGGGGAAAUGAACAGAUGGAAGUGUGAGGAGUUUUUAGACCAUUCAUCCCAUAUCCACAGCAGCCCUUGCCACGAAAGACCCAACAAUGUCUCCACGCUGCCAUUAGUCCAAGGCAAACAACAUCCAGUACUGUUACCCCAGCGAAACUGUCACAGCGAUAAGAUGUUGGAGGAGAACUUCAGGUAUAGCAAUUACAAAAGAACUAUGAUGAGUUUUAAAGAGAGACUAGAGAACACUGUGGAACGAUGCGCACACAUAAAUGGAAACAGGCCUCAACAGAGCAGAGGGUUUGGAGAGUUGCUGAAUGCUUCUAAACAAGACCUGGCAGUGGAGGAGCAGUCUCCAAGUUCCUCCAAUAGCUUUGAAAGUUCUCUAGUUAAAGACUACAUCCAUUAUAAUGGAGACUUUAAUGCCAAAAGCAUUAAUGGGUGUGUGCCUAGUCCUUCAGACGCUAAAAGCAUUAGUAGUGAAGAUGAUCUAAGGAAUCCCGAUUCCCCUUCUUCAAAUGAGUUGAUACAUUACAGGCCAAGGACGUUUAACGUUGGGGACUUGGUCUGGGGCCAAAUAAAAGGACUGACUUCAUGGCCUGGUAAAUUAGUAAGAGAAGAUGAUGUUCACAACUCAUGUCAACAAAGCACUGAGGAUGGGAAGGUGGAGCCUGACAAGUUGAAAACACUAACAGAAGGUCUGGAAGCCUACAACCAUGUCAGAAAGAGGAAUAGAAAAAGUGCAAAGCUAAAUAACCAUUUAGAAGCUGCUAUUCAUGAGGCCAUGAGUGAACUUGACAAAAUGUCUGGGAAUGUGCACCAAAUUCCACCGGGAGACAGACAACUGAAGCCUCCAAAAGCCAAGAGGAGAAAGAUCUCUAGAUAACAAUGAAUGUCUUUGUUACUGGUCCAGUACUUAUAUAAACAAACAUGCACAUAUAUAUAUAUAAUAUCAGGAUGGAUAGAGUUCAUCACCACAGGGUGCUAAACAAAACAGUGGUACAGUAUUCUUACUGGUGAAGAGAGAAAUUAAUCCAGAUCUUCAAAAGAUUACAGCGUGUCUAUAAAAUCCAUUUUUUCUAUAAUACUAAAAUUGUGAUUAUAAGAUUAUAAUCCAGAUGUUCCUGCAAAAUUUUCAUUGUGUAUAUAGAUAAAGCAGAAUUUCAUGACGAUAUCUGAAAUGUAAAUAAUGUACAAUAUUGUCAUGUACAAGCGUACCUAAUGCACACUUUAUCUUUUAUUGUACAAAAAAAUAGUGUACAAAAUUCUUUGGUUUCUAUUGAGUACACAUACAAGAGACUACCAGUGUAAAGUGAUAAAUAAAAAUACAGCCUAAAUGCUUUUAUAUAAUAAUGUAAAAGAUGCUGUUUUUGUAUUUAACAGCAGUGAAAAGGCAUGAUUAUGUAAUACCUUAAUUAUGACAUAACACUUCUCGCCACUGAGUGUUCAUUUAUAGUGUCUGUUUGGAAUGAACCUUGCCUGGAAGUACUGUACUCCAUUUCAGGUCCCUGUAGGAGAGUGCAACCUUGCAGAUUCCUAAAGGGAUGUGGGAUCACAGGUCAAAUUAAGAAGUCAAAAGCUGCAACUACUGGUUGCAUUUUUUUUAAUUUGCCUGAGUUAUAGAGUACUGUAGUUUUUUAAUUAAAAAUAUUUAGAUAGAAUAUUUUAGUCAGCUAUUACUUUAAUAGAGUUUCAUAGCCACCUGCUUUAAAAUCAGAGUCACCUUAUACCACCAUUGAUUUUGAAACCCUUUAGUCCAGUUCGUUGAAGCAGAGAACACAAUUCUUUUUCAUGUAUGAGAGCAAUAGCCCAGUCUUAAGAACCAUUCUCAUUGCUAAUUUGUUAAUUGUCAAACUUUAUGGUAUAGCAAAAAAGUGUUUCUUAAACUAAGGAAGGGGGGUUCAGUUACCAGUUGUGCUUGGGUAUUUUUAUUGAGUUCAGUAGGACUGUAUCAGCAUAAGCGGUCACUGAAUUGCCUCACCUGCCAGUACUGACACCAUCUUCCAUAUUAAUAUACUCAAGGUGAAAGGUGGCUUACUAAACUACUAGCAGCACUGGCCAGGAUCCAAAGAACUGUACUACUUCUGAACACCCAAAGGCUUUCGUAUGCGUGUGUGUUCCUUGAACAGAAAUCUCCCUCCAUAUGAAGGUGACAAACCACUUUUGAACCACAGGGGACUUCCAAAAAUAGUUUCUAAUACAGAAUGGGGUCUUUUCUUAAAAGGGGGUGUGUGUCAAAAAUCUCACCAGGCACACCUAAAUCUUUGGGGUGUAGCUCUUUGGAUCCCAGCCACUGAUAUUAUCAGUAUUAUGUAACAUAUCAGAUUUAUUUUAUUUAAUAAGAAUUAUUUAUACCAUUAACAGAUUCUUAUAUAUAAAUAUAUAUAUUAAUGUGGCAGAAAUGUGCAGGUUGAAUCUAUUAACCAGAUUAUUUAUGUUAUGUUAAGUUUGAAAGAAAUGUGAAACAUGUAUGCUAGAAAGAUGAUCGUACACGACAGAUACACAAACCUAAAGCUGUGAGCCAUUCUCAAAAUACCAGUAUCAUUAAGAGAAAUUGCAGUGCAGUGUCAUUUUCAGUGUUGGUAGUGCAUAUGGUGGCAAUGCCACCCUCCCUGCUUUUUUUUACAGGCAUCCCAAAACAUAUUCUCAUGUUAACAUGCCUGGGCCCAAGAUGGAGUCCUUAGGACCACCUGCUACCUCUUCAUCUGGGAGCCACCAUUUUGUUUUUUCCUGGAAUUUCAUUCCUUAUAAUCACCUCGUUACCUCUUCCUAGCAAAGACUGCUGGUAAUCAGCAUCAUCUAAGGCUGAUAGUGGUACCAGUAUACUGAUAACCAAAAUCUAGUGCUUACACAAGGAAUACCCAUUCCCUGCCCAGUUCACCUUCUCAGGGCCCAAGCUCCAUUUCCCAUGUUAUAUGAGCAGGACUACUAGCUCUAGAGGACAAGAGAUCUGAGGGAAGGACAUCCCUAUGGUCAGCUCUCCUGUGCCAACGCAUAUAGCACUACCAAUGGGCUAGAAAACCUGCUCUUAUCUCAUGUUGGCAGCUCUUAUUCCUUUUUCCACACCCCAACCUGAUGGAAUGCAAUUAACUACACUAAGCUACAGUGGCCUGGAGACAGGAACCCUUCCUUCUGCUGGGUAGGUUCAUUUUGUCUUUUGUGUAAUGGCAGGAUAGCCUGCUACAAUCCUACAUGAAAACUCAUGUGAAAUGAUCUUUUUGUGUAGUUUAGUUAGCACUCUUAUUUUUUUGUUACAAGUUGAUGUGUUUGUUACGUUUAAAGAGUUAAUGUUGUC